UUUGACAGGAAUAAGACCAGCCGUGAAGGGCUCAGUACAGAUGUGACGGAAUAUGUCGGAAUUUCAGAAACAGAACCGAAAGAAAAUCGCAAGAGAGAAGAAAAUGGACAGACAUACUCUGAUCUCAGUAGCGUUGCGUUUUGCGUGAUUUGUUUUUGUUGUUUUUUUUUUUUUCAACCCCCCGAUUAGGUGUUAAACGGGGAAUAUGGACAGAUCCCAAAGUCCGAGACCGGGACAGUCACCUAAACCAAGCCAUGAACCCAUCCGUUUUGGUAUAGACCGGAUCCUCGGUUCCUCUGACCGACAGCAUGUCUCUGAGAGCAGCGCGGACAGCCAGACAGGGACCACCACUACAUUUACUGCCCUGGUUGCCCCACUCUCUGCUUUUCCUGGCUCUUUGGAUGACCCGAGUGAGUUCGUGCCGAACAGGACUCUGGGACACCGCGGGGUUAUCCGGGUCCCAGCGCACAGACCGCUCGGAGCCGCCAUAGCGCCGCCUGUCGUGAGCGCAGCUCCGGGCUUCGGCCCGCUUUGCUUCCCCUGGGUGGAUAAUCACCGCAGAUUUACCAAAGACAGACUGCCAGCUCUCCUAGCGUUGCCUAUAACUCGGCGUAUUGGUCACCCGUACCAGAACCGCACACCACCCAAGCGGAAGAAGCCGCGCACGUCAUUUUCCCGCGUGCAGAUCUGCGAGCUCGAGAAACGCUUCCACCGGCAGAAGUAUUUGGCCAGUGCAGAGCGAGCGGCUCUCGCAAAGACUCUUAAAAUGACCGACGCUCAGGUCAAAACGUGGUUCCAGAACCGCAGAACCAAAUGGAGGCGGCAGACAGCUGAAGAGAGAGAGGCCGAGCGCCAGCAAGCUAAUCGGAUGCUGCUGCAGCUGCAGGCUGAUGCCCUCCAGAAGUCCAUCAGCGAGUCAGUGCCUGUAGAUCCUCUGUGUGUGCACAACUCUUCACUCUAUGCCCUGCAGAACCUGCAGCCAUGGGCUCAAGACAAAGCAGGCAAAAUAGCCACAGCUACUUCAUUGGCCUAAAUAAUACUGGUGAAAUGUUAAGCCCACGUGGAGUGACUGUAAUGGCGCAACAGCUGAACAAAUGGGUAUGUGUUACAAGAUAAGUAAGACAGGUCUUAUCCUGAUAUCGUUGGUUAAAUGACCUAGGGGGAAAAAUCUGAUCAUACAAAUAUAAGCAGAAUUAUAGAUUUUUUUAAGGAUUUAUAUCACAUUAAUAUCCUGGGAUCAGAGCACUAUUGGUGAAUAUCAUACUGAAAAUGCAUCAGGAGAAUUUCCUAUACUCCCAAAUGCUUUAUAUUAAAAGCAAAGGCCCUUUUACAGUUUUUGACUUGAUGAUGUUUGAUGACAUUCUUCAACACUAAAUACACAGAUAUGUGCAAUCUGAAAGGUGGCAUAUCUGAGGGCACAAAAUGUGCUCCACAGUAACCUCCCAGGAUUCAAACAAGAAAUAACACUGCAAUGGGAAUUGUGAAUGUAAAAUAACACAAUCAGGGGUUAUGAUUAUAAAAAGUUCUUACUUCUUUUAGAUGUUUUUUUGUCAUGAUGGACAUCUAAACACCCAGGCUAAAACAUUUAUGGCAUUUGGCAGACUCUCUCACAGAUGAAGGUUAAGGGCUGUGCUCAAGGACCCAGCAAUGGCAGCUUGGUGGUGCUGGGAUUCACACUCACAACCUUCUAAUCAGUAGUCCAACUUCUUAACCAUUAAAUAAACAGAUUCACAUACAUUUCGGUUGUCCAUCACCCACCAUCCAUUUUCAAGUUCUUUCACAGCUGAUCCAGCUGUUCCAGUGUUGUUGACACAAAUAUAGACUGUGGAAUAUCUAAUUAUGUUUGACUUUUUAUAUAAAUGAGUAUAGUGUACAUUUCUACUCAUCACCAGUGACUGUAUUCUUGAGAAUGAAGUUUACUAUUAAUCAGAAAAUUUCCUAUGUUUACUUGCUUUGUGACUAAACUAAAGCUUUUACAUAGUGUUUUGGGCCAUACUACAGUUUGUAUCCUGGCCCAGUAUUAUUGUCACUACAAGACAGAAAGAUACUAUUGAUAUUUUAAUCCCGGAUUAAAAUCCCAACAGGAUCCUCGUAAAUUACUUUACAUAGAAAUAUGCCAAAUUGAAGAUUUACCUUUGAAGGGAAUACACCAGUGUUUUUAUUCUCUGUGUAUUGGAUAUUUGGAGUGUGUUUGUGAUUACCACUGACAAGAACAUAGACACAUUUCUGUUUUUUUAAAAAUAUACAAAAUAUUUUUUGAAAAAAAAAAAAAAAUGUUGGGGCAUUAAUAAACUAAAUAACAUAAAAAAUCCAAAUGUAUUCUAUUAAUUUUUAACAGUGUCAAUAUUUUAUUCAGUCAACAGAAUUUGCUAAUUAAAUGAAUUGCUUUUAAUGACGUAUUUUAAAAUGAAUAAUAGAUGAUUAUGCAUGUAAACACUGUGAAAAUAUCAAAUGUAUCGCUCCAGUCUAGUUUUAUUUCUUUAAAAGUUUAAUUGUUAUCAUGUUUUCUGUUGUUUAAUAAUUGCCGAGUAACACAUUCAAAUAUUGUCUGUGGUAAUCACAUGUACACCACAAAUGCAGUGGAUAGAGAUUUGGUCAAUCAUUGCUGUCUUACUUUAUAUUAAGUGUUUUUAGAUUCUGUGUAGCUGUAUGUAAACCACACAGGCAACUAGACAAUUACCAAAAAUGUCUGUAUUGUAACAAAUAGCUUACAGAUGUAAAUACAUAAAAUGCACAUGAAAUUAGUUUUGGCCCAAACAUGAUUUUUCUGUAUCUCACUGGUAAUAACUUUUGUAUAAAUUAUUAGUUUUGACUAUAGCUAUAUGAUAAAUAUACAGAAACUGUCUGUCUAUUUAGAAAAAAGCAUAAAGCUAUGUAAUUACUGCAAAUUACAAUUCUGUCUAAUUUUCUGGGUUGGCAUGUGACAAGACUAACAUACCAAAGAAAUGAUCUAAAAAUUAGACUUAAACAUUUGUCAAGAUGCAUAUUUAAAUAAAAUUUACUUCUGUAAUUUAUCUCUAACAGUGUAUACAUUCAUAAUAUUAAAUUAAUGUUGCCUGUAUUAUUAUUAGACACAGUGAUUAUAAGCACUUAAUAUAAAACGGAAGGAAAAUGCUACAAUACAUAACAUAUUAUUUUCCUUUAUAUAUUAAUGAAGGUAUGCACCCUAUCAUCAACUACCCCUGUUUGGAACCUGAACUAAAUUCCAGUAUUAUAUAAACAUUUUUAGUCCUAGAUUGGGAUUUUCUUAUGUCUGAAAAACUAGGGCUCUACUGUAAAUUAUCUUCUAAUUAUAAGUGGGAAAAUGUCUAUAAUGAAAUAUACAAAGCUUUGUCAUGUAAAUAAUAUUGAACAUUAUAUACUAUGAAGUUGUUUUGACAUGUUUGUCCUUCUUAAUAUGUUUAUAAUUUAAGGUGAAUGUGUGUAUAAAUAUAUAAU